GGUUUAAGCGAAAGCCCCCGCAUCGAACCAAACACCGGCUCCCCCAACCGCACCCCCCUCCUUCCGUUGGCGGCGGCGGCGGCGGCGCGGCGCCAUUCCCCUUCCUCCGCCACCCUCCUGUUGAUGCCCUCCUCCCCAACUCCGGCCACCGCACCAAUCUCGUGUUCGCCAUCUCCUCCUCUCCACCUCCACCUCACCGCCCGCCGCCAAACCCUAGCGCCCCCCAUGUGGCGCCGCCUCCCCGCCCGCCGCCUCGCCUCCGCCCUCCUCUCCUCCUCCGCCCCGCUGCCCCACCCUCUCCACCGCAGCCUCCUCCUCCUCCUCCCUGCCGCCUCACAGCGUCUCGCGCCGUCGCAGACGCUGCCGCGGUUCGCGUCCUCCUCCGCCGCCGUCGCCGCCGAGUCCGUCUCCUCCGAGGAGGUCGACGAGUUGCACCACGCGAUCGGGGAGAUCGCCCGCGGGGACCCGAGCGUCUCCGCCCCGGCUCCGGCGGCGGGGCAGGAGGGGCAUAGGAGGAGGUCCGGGAGAGGGAAGCACUCGGCCGAGGCUAUGGCGGUUCCGGCGGCGGGGCAGGAGGGGCAUAGGAGGAGGUCCGGGAGAGGGAAGCACUCGGCCGAGGCUAUGGCGGUGCACGGGGUCGGGUACCACAAGUAUGCGAUGCUGCGCCGGCGGCAGAUCCAGAUUGAGACGGAGGCGUGGGAGCAGGCCGCCGAGGAGUACCGCGAGCUGCUUGCUGACAUGUGCCAGCAGAAGCUGGCGCCCAACCUGCCCUAUGUCAAGUCGCUCUUUCUUGGCUGGUUCGAGCCACUGCGAGACCAGAUCAUUGCCGAGCAGGAGCUCGUGGGUGAGCGCGGCGCGCGGGCCUCCCAUGCCCGCUAUUUCAACAUGCUCCCGGCUGAUAUGAUGGCCGUCAUCACCAUGCACAAGCUCAUGGGUCUACUCAUGACCGGUAGCGGCGAUGGAAGUGUCCGAGUCAUCCAGGCUGCGUGCCAGAUCGGCGAGGCAAUAGAACAUGAGGUUCGAAUCCACAAAUUUCUAGAGAAGACAAAGAAAAAAAGCAAUAAAGAAAUGGAUAAUGAAGAAGAAGGAGGUGAUUCAGACAUUGCCAAAGAACAAGAGCGUCUAAGAAAGAAAGUCACUGAUCUGAUGAAAAAGCAAAAAAUACGGCAAGUAAGAAAUAUAGUAAAGAAGCAAGAUAACUCCAAGCCAUGGGGUCAAGAUGCUCAUGCAAAAGUUGGUAGUCGUUUAAUUGAGCUUAUGAUUGAGACAGCCUACAUACAACCACCUGCUAGCCAAUCAGCAGAUGGUCCACCUGAUAUCCGUCCUGCUUUCACACAUGAAAUGAGAACUGUGGCAAGAGAGCAACAGAAGAGUAGUCGGCGAUAUGGUGUGAUCAAGUGUGAUCCGCUGGUCCGGCAAGGGCUUGAUAGAACAGCAAAGCAUAUGGUCAUACCUUAUAUGCCUAUGUUAAUUCCGCCUAUCAGUUGGACUGGGUAUGACAAGGGUGCACAUUUAUUUUUACCAUCCUAUGUGAUGCGCACCCAUGGAGCUAGACAACAGAGAGAUGCUGUCAGAAGAGCUCCAAGGGAACAAAUGCAAUCUGUGUUUGAGGCCUUAAAUACUCUUGGGAGCACCAAGUGGAGGGUUAACAAAAGAGUUCUUAGUAUUGUCGACAGAAUAUGGUCAAGUGGUGGCCGGCUUGCUGACUUGGUCGAUCGCACUGAUGUUGCUUUACCAGAGAAGCCUGACACAGAAGAUGAAGACAAGUUGAAGAAAUGGAGAUGGACCUUGAGAGCAGCCAAGAAGGAAAAUAGUGAAAGGCACUCCCAGAGAUGUGAUGUAGAACUAAAACUUGCCGUAGCUCGCAAAAUGAAGGAUGAAGAUGGUUUCUACUAUCCACACAACCUUGAUUUUAGAGGCCGUGCUUAUCCAAUGCAUCCUUACCUGAACCACUUGGGUUCAGAUCUUUGCCGUGGAGUUUUGGAGUUUGCAGAAGGUCGUCCGCUUGGUAAAUCAGGCUUGCGCUGGCUAAAGAUACAUCUAGCAAAUUUAUAUGCUGGUGGUGUUGACAAGUUAUCGUAUGAUGGCCGAAUUGCAUUCACGGAGAAUCACUUGGAGGACAUAUUUGACUCAGCUGAUAGACCUCUUGAAGGCAAACGAUGGUGGCUUGGAGCUGAGGAUCCAUUCCAAUGCCUUGCAGUGUGCAUAAAUCUCACUGAAGCUUUAAGAAGCCCCUCACCAGAAACGAUGAUCUCACAUAUUCCUGUGCAUCAGGAUGGUUCUUGUAAUGGCCUGCAGCACUAUGCUGCUCUUGGAAGGGAUAAGUUGGGAGCCAUUGCUGUGAACUUAGUUGCCGGGGAGAAGCCUGCAGAUGUUUAUACUGGAAUAGCUACCAGGGUGGUGGAAAUUAUGAAGAACGAUGCGCUAAAAGAUCCUGCUACAGAUCCUGAUGCAGCACGCGCACGUCUGCUACUUGAUCAGGUUGACAGGAAAUUGGUAAAGCAAACUGUGAUGACAUCUGUGUAUGGUGUCACUUAUGUUGGAGCACGUGAGCAAAUAAAAAGAAGAUUAAAGGAGAGAGACAUGAUUUGUGAUGAUUCAGAACUUUUUAGUGCAUCAUGCUAUGCUGCUAAGGUUACUCUGACAGCACUUGGUGAGAUGUUCCAAGCUGCCCGCAGCAUUAUGAACUGGCUUGGUGACUGUGCCAAGGUAAUUGCUUGUGAAAAUGAACCUGUGAGAUGGACAACCCCUCUUGGACUCCCAGUUGUUCAACCAUAUCGCAAGCUUGGGAGGCAUCUUAUUAAAACAUCAUUACAAGUCCUGACUCUUCAACGUGAAACAGAUAAGGUUAUGGUGAAGCGGCAGAGGACUGCUUUUCCUCCAAAUUUCGUGCACUCCCUUGACGGUUCUCAUAUGAUGAUGACCGCUGUUGCUUGCAAAAGGCAAGGACUAAAUUUUGCAGGAGUGCAUGAUUCGUAUUGGACACAUGCUUGUGAUGUUGAUACAAUGAACAAAAUACUACGAGAGAAGUUUGUGGAACUCUAUGAUACGCCUAUCCUCGAAAAUUUGUUGGAGAGCUUUGAGAAAUCUUUCCCUGAAUUAAAAUUUCCUCCAUUGCCAGAGAGGGGAGAUUUUGAUCUCACGGAUGUCCUGGGAUCCCCAUAUUUCUUCAACUAAGUCAAGCUGUGGUGGAAAGCAUGUUAUUCUACCUUGCUUUGCUGCCCACCUGUGGCCUGGAGUUCUAUUGAAGUAUAUGAGCGGCCCAGCAGUCUCAGAUGACGAAACUAAUUCUUUUGCUAGCUGACUGAAAAAUUCGUGGAUGUCUUGCGUGAAAGCUGAAGGUAUACCUAGAAAAAAGCAUUUUAAACAGAGCUGGCCAAGGAGAUAGUUGAGGGGAUGUCUUCAAGCAACAGUCAAAUAAGUGGGAACCGAUCAAGAAAAGCUCUGGGAGUAGGUUUUGUUGCGUUUAGGCUUACUGUAGUUUAUAUAUUAGUGACUUUCUUGCUAUUCUUUUUUUUUUAAUAUCAGGCUCACGUUUAGCACGGAUACAUCUUGGAAGAUGUUCUGGUCCAUGUAAAUGUAAUUAUGUAAUUUUUUGCCCUCUUAAGUUUUUUUCUUUUUUUCUUUUGUGCAAUUUAUAGAGGGGGUGAAUCUGAUGACUAAAUACCGGCAAAACACUAAUUUAUACUAGUUAUCAUUGCGGUUGUAAGGUAACAUCUUAAAUAAUAAAGUGAUAUAGGUUGGCUUCCUCAUCA